CCUACAAGGAAGCAGGGGAGACAACCAGAAUAUUAGUUGUUAUAGUUUCGAAAUCGAAAGUGGCUUCUUAAAAUUUUAAUUAAAUUAAUGAGAAAUAAAUGCGGAUUAAGAAAUUUUACCGACAGAACUAUACCAAUCAUUGCUGACGUCAUCGCUUUCAUCAAAAUAAUGAAAAUUCAAGGAACUGACGCAGAUAGUGACAAGAUCAGUCAAGAUUGCUUUCAUGAAGAACCAAUUACAGAAAACCAGCGACUGAAGAACUUACUUCUGUGCAUGAGAUGUGAGUCCAAAGACGCCAAUGUCCUUUUCCUUCCAUGUGCCCACCACCGGAUGUGCACGGACUGCGCACGUGGAAUCAAAACAUGUCCGGUCUGUCAGGAGACGAUACAAACAAGCGUCCAAACAUUCCUAUCCUAGAUUGUUCUGAAAUACUCAAAGAUAUUAAGGUUACUUGAAAAAUAUAAAAGAAAAUAAUAAACACACUAUUCAGAUAAUAUAACUGACAAGAAUGGUUUCACAACUUUUUCAACGUAUGUUCCUUUAUGCUAUAGCACACAAUCAUCUAACAUGUUUUAUGAUUAAGUGUUAAACAAUUUAUAAAAUAAACGUAUACUGCUUU